UCUGUCUGCCCCAAUGUUAUUGUGCAUGGAUAGUGGAGUUGAACAAGGUGAGUUUAUGACUGCAAGGACAGACAGCAAACACAGACGUUUAAAUGUUUUAGCAGCAGUAACGUUCAUCUGAGGGGAUAAUUAUUCAAGGACGCACUCGAAAGAGAAGAAGGAUCUCAGUGACAUUUGAAAAAGAUAUUAUUUUUGUGGGUCCACCACCACCAUCAUCAUCAUGGUGGAGAUAAAGAGUUACUGUGAAGCGGGAGUGUCCAUGCAGCAUGUCUGGGUGGAGGGCGGUCUGACUCUCUGCUUCUACUUCACCCUGGUGCCAUCCGUCCUCCUCACCCUCUCCUUCCUCUUCGGCACUUUUCUGUGUAUAUGCUACAGACGCUACGGCACAGACAUGGAGCCCAAGUUCAUCCCUCGCUCUCGACUUUACCGGCUCCAAGUGGGCCUGUCAGUGCUGCUCGUCCUGCAGGCUCAGGGCUGGAUGGUGUUUCGAAUCACUCGGAGCGGAGAGCUACCGGGAUACGUGGUUCUGUCUGGCUGUCUCUCCAUGCUGGGCUGGAUUUGGGCCAUGGCCCUGCUUCAUCUGGAGAGGAGGAGGGUUCUGGUGCGGGACAGAACCAGAGGACACAGUACGGUACUGUUGCUGUACUGGGCCGUAGCAUUUGCGGCUGAAAACCUGGCGUUUGUGUCUUGGAUGAGCCCUCAGUGGUGGUGGACUCUGGAAAAGUCUGAUCAACAGGUACGUGUGUGUGUGAUUGGUUUGAACCAGCUGACAGAUGGGAGCUCUUGGAAGACUCUGGCGACUACAGUGUGUGUUUACGGACUCCUGAAGUUCUUGCAGGGAGGUGGAGCUGGUGCGUCUGGGUUUGUGAGUAACAUGCGUUCGUUCUUGUGGAUUCGAGUGCAGCAGUACACUAACCGCAUGGUCCAAGUGCGUCUCUUUGCUCAUCUGCACUCUCUGUCUCUGCGCUGGCACCUGGGUCGCCGCACAGGGGACGUCCUGAGAAGCAUCGACAGAGGAACCUCAUCUAUCAACAACCUGCUGAGCUACAUCGUGUUCAGCAUCUUCCCCACUAUUGCUGACAUUGUCAUUGCCAUUGUCUAUUUCAUAUCCAAUUUUAAUGCCUGGUUUGGCCUCAUAGUCUUCGUUUGCAUGGCCCUUUACCUCACUCUCACUAUUGUAAUCACUGAAUGGAGAACGAAAUACAGACGAGAUAUGAACACACAAGAUAACAAUGCCAAAUCAAAAGCUGUGGACUCUUUAUUGAACUUUGAGACGGUGAAAUAUUACAAUGCAGAGGUUUAUGAAGUAAGACGCUUUGAGGAUGCUAUCAUGAAAUAUCAGGUAUCGGAGUGGAAGACCAACGCCUCUCUGGCGUUCUUAAAUCAAACGCAGAACCUCAUCAUCGGUUUGGGUCUUUUGACCGGAUCUCUGCUCUGUGCGUACUUCGUGACAGAGGGAAAGUUUCAGGUAGGAGAUUAUGUGCUGUUUGUGACGUACAUCAUCCAGCUUUACACUCCUCUCAACUGGUUUGGAACAUACUACAGAAUGAUCCAGAACUCUUUCAUUGAUAUGGAAAGCAUGUUCAAGCUCUUCACUGAGGAAGAAGAGGUGAAGGAUGAUGUCAACGCAGGAAACCUCAACUACACACAGGGAAAAGUAGAGUUUGAGAAUGUCUUCUUCAGCUACACGCAAGGCAAGGAGAUUCUAAAAGAUGUCUCUUUUACCGUACUUCCCGGUCAAACAGUUGCACUUGUUGGACAGUCUGGAUCAGGAAAGAGCACCAUCAUUCGUCUGAUUUUCCGUUUUUAUGACGUUCAGGGAGGGUGUAUAAAGAUAGACGACCAAGACAUCUCAAAGGUGAAGCAGUCCUCUCUACGCGCUCACAUUGGCGUCGUCCCUCAGGAUACCGUCCUGUUUAAUGACAACAUUCGAGACAACAUCCGCUACGGCCGAGUUACUGCUACUGACCAGGAGGUGGAGGAGGCUGCGACUGCCGCUGACAUCCAUGACAAAAUCAUAACCUUCCCGGAUGGCUAUGACACUCAGGUGGGUGAGAGAGGGCUAAAGGUGAGCGGAGGAGAGAAGCAGAGAGUCGCCAUUGCUCGCACCAUCCUCAAAGCGCCACAAAUCAUCCUCCUCGAUGAGGUACAACAUCACCAGUGCAUUAUGGUAGAAUGCGUAGACAAUGAGGGAAUUAUCCCAGUUUUGCCUGGUGUUUUUAUAAUUUCUUGUUGA